UCGCCGCCGCCCGCCUCUGCCCCAUGGACGCCCUGUGCGGCUCCGGGGAGCUCGGCUCCAGGUUCUGGGACUCCAAUCUGUCCCUGUACGAUAACAUGUUGGACCUCACACCCUGCUUCCAGAACUCGAUGCUGGCCUGGACCCCCUGCAUUUACCUGUGGACACUCCUGCCCUGCUACCUGUUCUACGUGCGGUACCACCGCCGGGGCUACAUCAUCCUCUCCCACCUGUCCCGAUUCAAGACGAUUUUGGGCAUCCUGCUGUGGUGUAUCUCCUGGGCUGACCUCUUCUACUCCUUCUAUGGCCUGGUUCAUGGCAGGGCCCCACCCCCCAUCUUCUUUAUCACCCCCUUGGUGGUGGGCAUCACUAUGAUGCUGGCCACAGUGCUGAUCCAGUAUGAGCGUCUGCAGGGGGUGCAGUCUUCUGGGGUGCUCAUCAUCUUCUGGUUCCUAUGUGUGCUCUGUGCCAUUGUUCCUUUCUGCUCUAAAAUCCUCUCUGCUCUGGCCGAGGGCCAGAUCUCGGAGCCCUUCCGCUUCACCACCUUCUACAUUUACUUCACCUUGCUGCUCUUGGCCCUUGUCCUAUCCUGCUUCCGAGAAAAGGCACCAUUAUUCUCCCCGAAAAACAUGGACCCAAAUCCCUGCCCAGAGAACAGAGCCGGCUUCCUGUCCCGCUUGACUUUCUGGUGGUUCACAAAGAUGGUCAUCCUUGGCUACCGGCGUCCCCUGGAGGAAAAGGACCUCUGGUCUCUGAACAAGGACAUCAGUUCGCAAGAUGCAGUCCCCAAGCUGUUGGAGGUCUGGAAGCAACAACAGCAGGCGGCUGGACCCAAGGCUGCAGAGGCAUCCAGGAAGCCGGUUUCCAGGGAGGAUGAGGCACUGAUGGGGACCCUGUCCAAGCCCCGAGAACCAUCCUUCCUGCGGGCCCUCCUGAUCACCUAUGGCCCCAGCUUCCUCAUCACCAUUGUCUUCAAGCUGAUCCAGGACCUGCUCACCUUUGUCAACCCACAGUUGCUCAGUGUCCUGAUCAGAUUCAUCUCGGAUCCCACAGCCCCCAACUGGUUUGGCUUCCUGGUGGCUGGACUGAUGUUCUUGUUCUCCGUGACGCAGACCCUCAUUUUGCACCACUAUUACCAUUUGGUCGUUGUCAUUGGGCUGAAACUUCGGACAGCAGUCCUAGGUGUCGUCUACAGGAAGGCCCUUGUCAUCACCAGCUCAGUCAGACGAGAGUUCACCGUGGGGGAGAUGGUCAACCUCAUGUCGGUGGAUGCGCAGCACCUCAUGGACCUUGUUCACUUCCUCAACAUGGUGUGGUCUGCACCCCUGCAGAUUUUUCUGGCAAUCUACUUCCUCUGGCAGAACCUGGGUCCCUCUGUGCUGGCGGGAGUUGCCUUCAUAAUCUUGCUGAUCCCUCUCCACGGAGCAGUGACCUUGAAGAUGCAGGCCUUGCAGGUGGAGCAAAUGAAGUUCAAGGACUCACGUAUCAAGCUGAUGAGCGAGAUCCUGGCAGGCAUCAAGGUGCUGAAGCUCUAUGCCUGGGAGAAGAGUUUCCUGGAGCAGGUGGAGCGGAUCCGGAAGGAUGAGCUCCGGCUCGUGUGGAAGAUCGCCUGCUUGCAUGCCCUCUCCACUUUCAUCUGGAUCUGCACCCCCUUCCUGGUGACAUUGAUGAGCCUUGGGGUGUACGUGCUGGUGGACCCAAGCCAUGUGCUGGACGCUGAGAAGGCCUUUGUGUCCGUGUCCCUGUUAAACAGCCUAAAGGUGUCCCUCAGCACACUGCCGCAACUGAUCAACUACCUGGCCCAGAGCAGCGCGUCUCUGAAGCGCCUCCAGAGUUUCCUAAGCCAGGAUGAGCUGGAUUCCCAGUGUGUGGAAAAGAAGCACAUCUCCCCAGGUUUUGCCAUCACCAUAGACAAUGGCACUUUCACCUGGGCCCAGGACCUGCCCCCUUCCCUGCACAGCCUGAAUGUCCAGGUUCGCAAAGGGUCACUGGUGGCCAUGGUGGGGCCCGUAGGCUGUGGAAAGUCUUCGCUGGUGUGUGCCUUGCUGGGAGAGAUGGAGAAGCUGGAAGGAAAGGUGUCCCUAAAGGGCUCCGUGGCCUACGUGUCCCAGCAGGCCUGGAUCCAGAACUGCACUCUUCAGGAGAACGUGCUGUUUGGCCAUGCUCUGGACUCCAAGCACUACCAAAGGGUUCUUGAGGCCUGUGCCCUGCUACCAGACUUGGAAAUUCUGCCUGCAGGGGACCAAACGGAGAUUGGAGAGAAGGGCAUCAACCUGUCUGGUGGCCAGCGGCAGCGAGUCAGCCUGGCUCGAGCUGUUUACAGCAGUGCUGACAUCUUCUUGCUGGACGACCCCCUGUCAGCCGUGGAUGCUCAUGUGGCCAAGCACAUCUUUGACCAAGUCAUCGGUCCCAAAGGGCUGCUAGCUGGCAAGACCCGGGUGUUGGUGACACACAACCUCAGCUUCCUGCCCCAGAUGGACAUGAUCAUCGUUCUGGCCAAUGGACAGGUGUCGGAGGUGGGUUCCUAUGAGGCUCUGAUGCAACGCAACGGCUCCUUCGCCAACUUUUUCUGCAGCUACGCACCUGAAGAGGAACAGCAGAUGGACAGCAGCACCGCCUUGGAGAAUGCAGAAGAUGAGGGGCUACUGCUGAAUGAAGACACACUCAGUAAUCACAGGGACUUGAUGGCUAAUGAGCACACAGGGCGAACAGCCCCAAAGCAACUUGUGAGGCAGCAGAGUGCCCUGUCCUCGGAUGGGCAGGCCCAGGGUCAGCCUCCAAAGAAGGUAGUGAAGGUCACAGAGGAGAAGGCGAAUGGGGUGCUAGUUCAGGAGGAGAAGGCAGAGACGGGAAAGGUGAAGCUGAGUGUGUUUGCGGACUAUGCCAUGGCCGUGGGGCCCUGUACUACGCUGGUCAUCUGUCUGCUCUAUGUGGCUCAAAGUACCUCUAGCAUCGGGGCCAACGUGUGGCUCAGUGACUGGACCAAUGAGGCUACGGAGGGCCAUCAGCAGAACAAUACCUCUAUGAGGCUGGGGGUCUAUGCAACACUGGGCUUUCUGCAAGGGCUCCUGGUGUUGCUGGCCGCCUUCACAAUGGCGAUCGGCAGUGUCCAGGCGGCUCGCCUGCUCCACCACGCACUGCUGCACAACAAGAUGCGCUCGCCACAGUCUUUCUUCGACACCACGCCUUCAGGCCGAAUCCUCAACCGAUUUGCCAAGGACAUCAACAUCAUCGAUGAAGCUUUGAGCCCCACUAUCCUCACACUGCUUGGUGCCAGCUGCAACUCCAUCUCCACUGUUGUAGUCAUCUUGGCCAGCACGCCGCUCUUUGGUGUAGUCAUCCUGCCACUGGGUAUAAUCUACAUCUUUGUGCAGCGUGUCUACGUGGCUUCGUGCCGGCAACUGAAACGUCUGGAAUCUGUCAGCCGCUCGCCCAUCUUCUCCCACUUCUCAGAGACAGUGACAGGCUCCACUGUCAUUCGGGCCUAUGGCCGCAUACAGGACUUUGAGGCGAUGAGUGAUGCUAAAGUGGACAUUAACCAGAGGAGCAGUUACCCUAACUUUGUCUCUAACAGAUGGCUGGGGAUCCGACUGGAGUGCUUGGGAAACUGCAUCGUGUUCUUUUCUGCCCUUUUUGCUGUGAUUGGGAGAAACAGCAUAAGUCCAGGCACAGUGGGCCUCUCCAUGUCCUAUGCACUACAGGUGACAUUUGCUCUGAACUACAUGAUCCGAAUGAUCUCAGACUUGGAGUCCAACAUCGUGUCUGUGGAGAGAGUCAAGGACUACUCCAAUACUGAGGAGGAGGCACCCUGGGUGGUGGAAAGCAACAGGCCACCGGCAGGCUGGCCCCAGCAUGGUGAGGUAGAGUUUCGGAAUUACUCGGUACGAUACCGGCCUGGUCUGGACUUAGUGCUACAGGACCUGAGUCUGCACGUGGCUGGUGGUGAGAAGGUAGGGAUCGUGGGCCGCACUGGAGCUGGCAAAUCAUCCAUGACCCUCUCCCUAUUCCGCAUCCUGGAAGCUGCUAUGGGUGAGAUCUGCAUCGACGGCAUCAAUGUGGCGGACAUUGGGCUCCACGACCUGCGUUCUCGGCUGACUAUCAUUCCCCAGGACCCCGUCCUGUUCUCAGGGACCCUGAGAAUGAACCUGGACCCCUUUGGCAUUUACUCGGAAGAGGACCUCUGGCGUACCUUGGAACUUUCACACCUUCAUGACUUUGUGCGCUCCCAACCAGCUGGCCUAGAUUUCCAAUGCAGCGAGGGUGGUGAGAACCUCAGCGUGGGUCAGCGGCAGCUCGUGUGCCUGACCCGGGCCCUGCUCCGCAAGAGCCGCAUCCUGGUUUUAGACGAGGCCACAGCAGCGGUAGACCUGGAGACGGACGACCUCAUCCAGGCCAUCAUCCGCAGCCAGUUUGAGAACUGCACUGUGCUGACCAUCGCACACCGCCUCAAUACUAUCAUGGACUAUGACAGGGUCCUGGUUCUGGACAAAGGGAGGAUAGCUGAGUUUGAUUCUCCAUCCUGCCUGAUUGCAGCCAGAGGCAUCUUCUACAACAUGGCCAGAGAUUCGGGUCUUGCUUGAUUCAUUUUCCUGGGACUUCCUUGGUCUCCACCCAAAAGGGAACAAACACCAUAAGUGGCCUGUCCUGGACAGUGGGUACGGUAUCUGCUUGAGUUUGCCUCUGGACAGCGCUUUACUGGUGAACUGUGCAGUGCUUUGGCUGGGUAAAUGACCCUCAGCAGUGACCAUUAUGUCCAAGGUCAAAGCUGGUUUGAGGCGGAGCCCAGACUCGCCCUCAGGUCUCCCAGCUCCUAAUUGGGUCUUAUUUUCACACUGACCCAUUUCAAUCAUUUCACGGAAUGACCUCCCUACCUCCGAUGAUUGUUCAUAUUUUCUACUCUGAAGGUUUUUUUUUCCUUCAGUAAAGCAUUUUCUUCUGGAACACAAGGCUGCCAGCCAGGCCCUCCCUAGGAACUGAAUCCUGUACUCUGGGGUGCUGGCCUGAAUCCAUUAAAAAUGGGGCACUGAUAAAAUAAAGCAAUGUGAUUUGCACUAUA